UUUUGAAGAAGUUGAAGUACAGAAACUAGAACUGUAGUGAGCAGCCUUAUCCGCUGCUUGCUCGUGGGCACACAUCAGAAGGAUUAACAUACAAAGAAGUUCUUCUUUCGCGAUUCAAACUUUCAUAGUCUCCACCUCACAUAAUGCUUUCAAAUUCAAUAAUUGCUUCUUCUCUGUUUUCACCAUCACCUUGCCCCCUCAUCGGUCCCCACAAGUUUUGUUCUUCCUUCAAAACCAUCUUAAAACAAAGCCACGCAUUUCUCCACAGAAACCCCCUUCUCCCCAACCACUUGAAUUUGAGUUCCAAAAGGUCCCUUUCUUCGGUUUGCUUCUUCAACGCUGGAGAAAAGGAAUCGGGAUUGGAAUGGCCUAUUCUCAGGCGAUGGGAGGUGCCUUGGGAAUGGCAAACAGUUUCAUUGACUUCUCUUGCUUGUGGAUUAGGUUUUGUGUUGACAGGUUUGACUGAAGCAGUUGCUCUCCCAUAUCUUGGGAUCAAACCUGAUGUGCUAAGUUUAGAAGACAAGGCAGAGAUACUUUUGUUGGAUCAGGGUAUGACCACUGCUGUUGUACUUGGAAUAAUUUAUAGUGUUGCCAACAGUUUCCAGCCACUUCCUGAAGACUUCUUCAAAUACGAUUUGAGGGAGCCUUUCAAUCUUCAGAAGGGUUGGCUUUUAUGGGCUGGAGUUGGACUUGUUGGUUCCAUAAUUGCCACUGCAUUGACCGGAGUUGCUGUGUCUUCCUUCAGUGGAGAAACCCCACAAAGAGAGUAUUGAAACACUGAUGCUCUUGUUCGCUUGCUUCCGUUAAUUGGAUCUUCAAAUCUCAAUACUACGUGCUUAGUGGGCAUCACAGGUGUUCUUGCUCCACUCCUUGAGGAGACUGUAUUUCGAGUAUUCUUUAUGACUUCUCUGACCAAGUGGGUUCCUACACCAGUUGCUGUUAUCAUUAGCGCCACUGUGUUUGCCCUUGCACAUCUCACACCAGGAGAAUUUCCACAGCUGUUUGUUCUCGGGACUGCUUUGGGGUUUUCAUAUGCUCAAACUCACAACCUUCUCACUCCCAUCACUAUUCAUGCCUUUUGGAACUCAGGAGUGAUAUUAUUUCUUACUUUUCUGCAGCUUCAAGGGUACGAUAUCAGAGAAUUGUUGCAGGUAACUUGAUGGAAACCUUCUCUCCCAUGCAUGGAUGUUGAGCAUAUGUAUACAGUUUAGAAUACAUAACCAUUUCUUUGUUUACAAAUAAUGAAGAAUGGUUGUCAGUGGGUUACCUUGUCUUAAGUCUUUUGAGUUUAAAGUAUGAAAUAUUACUUAACUCAAUAGCAACAAUAAAAAACAUUCUAGUUCCAAGCUAAAAUUUUUAAUAAAUAAGGGUUAGAAAUGUCAUUUUACAUAAUUUUAAUGGUUACAAUUAUGAUAAAUCAAUGUCAUAUUUUUAAAAAAAAAUUAAAAAUCAUAAAAUCAUCAUAUUAUAAAUUAAAAGUGAUAAUUUCAUAGAUUCGUUGUACUAAAAUCAUUAUUAUUAACACAUUCUUUUAGUGUUUUCUUAGUCUUGUCUCAAUAUUCUAAGAUAGAAGUAACGAUCCUCCAAAACACUUAAGUGGAUUCUCAUUUUCAAUUGGAAUGUUUACUUAUCUUCUCAUGUCCUUUAUUCCAUUAUAUUUGACCGUGUGUUUAGUAAUUCAAUCUUUUGUUGUUCUUAAUUUCUUAUCUUCUUCUUAAUCCAUAUAAGCUAUUGUGUUGAUGGAAUCAUUGAAUCAAAUCUUUCAUGGAGUCAACAUAACUUUAAGCAAGGAUGAGAUUCUACUUUUGAUCUAGUUUUCCUUUUAUUAUAAGCUUAUAUGUUGUUUAAGCUUCCAGUGCCUAUAUCUACUCUAUUUGAGUGUUAUACUUAAGGUUGAGUGAUAUAGGCUUUGGUCAAGGUGAAUUUAGUUUAUGCAAGGUCAAUUUCAAAAUCAGAUUCUAUUAGAUCCAACAUUAGCACACUA